AUGAGAACUACUUCAUUAAGAUCUUACUUACUAUUGUUAUCUUUCUUUGUCAUACUCUCGAAUUCGCUUGGAAGCUCAAGCUCACCGCAUGUCUAUUUCCUUAAAUGCAUUUCUCUUCAUUCUAAUACAUCCAUCCCGAUCUACACCCCAAAAAAUGCUAACUAUUCAUCUAUCCUGCAAUCCAAAAUUGGAAUGCUAAGAUUCAAUUCAUCCACCACUCCAAAACCCUUUCUUAUAUUAACACCUCUAGAAGAAUCACAUGUUCAAGCCGCUGUUAUUUGUUCCAGAAAACAUGGGAUUCAGAUUAAAGUUCGAAGUGGGGGUCAUGAUUUUGAAGGACUUUCGUAUACAUCAGAUGUUCCAUUCAUUGUUGUUGAUUUGUUCAAUCUUCGUGAAGUAAAUGUGGAUGUAAAGGGUAAAGUAGCAUGGGUUCAAUCUGGUGCAACCACAGGUGAACUCUAUUAUAGAAUUGCCCAAAAAAGCAACAUUCUCGCAUUUCCUGCAGCGGUUUGCACAACUGUAGGUAUUGGUGGUUACAUUAGCGGAGGUGGGUACGGGGCUAUGUUAAGGAAAUUUGGGACUGCAGGUGAUAAUGUCAUUGAUGCUCGAAUAGUGGAUGUGCAUGGUAAGAUACUCAACAGAAACUCCAUGGGAGAAGGCUUGUUCUGGGCCAUUAGGGGAGGCGGCGGAGGAAGUUUUGGAGUUGUCCUUUCAUGGAAGCUCAAAUUAGUAUCCGUUCCACCUUCGAUAACUGUUUUUAGUGUGGACAAAACCUUAGCAGAAGGUGCAUUGUCUCUUGUUCAUAAGUGGCAAGAUAUUGCACAUAGACUUCCUCAAGAGCUUAUCGUAUUUCUCUCAAUAGGUGUGGUGAAUGCUACUACAUACUGUUCAAAUGGA